CUCUGUUACCGUAGGCAGGGUGUAUCGGCCGCCCCGCGCAGACGUGAGAUUUCAGCUCUAAAGCAAAUUAUAAAAAAAAACUGACACGAGCGCUCCAGAAUUUAUUUGGGAGCUAAUGUGACCAUUUUCCCGAGAGUCCCCUCCUGAAGGGUUUCAACACAGACAUAGCCUAUCUUCUCUCCAAAAACAGAAGACCACCGACCCCCCUUAUGUGGCCAUCUCACCGCCAACAACAACAACAACAACAACAACAUGCAAUCACGGAUCGGCAGAGGCAGUCGAUGUGACCGGGGCUGAAGUAACAGGCUGCUGCUCUGGACAGACCAGGAGAAACUUUCUUCCCUGGCUUGUGCCCCGUGAACUGUGCCCGCUGCUGUGUGGGUUUCUCGCCUCCUCUCACUUUAGUUCUACGUGGGUGAGCAGUGUGUGUGUGCGUGUUUGUGGUACCUCCCCGCUCCUCCAUAGAUCUGGUUGCCCCCCCCUUGUACCUUACAAGCUGCACCAUGCAUUUCUUCUGCACCUCCCGGCUACUAUAGCCUAGUUAGAGCAGGAUCCCGAGGUCCUCAUCAACCCCACCCCCCAACCUCCGACCUGCUGACUUGGGUUUGGAGUCCGGAUCGUGUGUCAUGCAGCGAGACCUGAAGCGUUCCCCGGUUCCGUUGCAGGACCGCAUGGUUCAUUUGUAACUGGAUCUACUUUUUUUUUUGGAGGGAGAGGAGGGCACGCUCUGGUCUCUGGAGAACACUUGCAAAGAGGAGAAUAAAGUAGAAAGACGUGGGUGAGCAGCAGCAGCGACAGAAGGACGCAGAGAUAGCCUAAUAUUAGAGAGUGCAACUUAGGCUACUUGUAGAUGUUUGAUCAGGCCACGACUAUGGGCGAUGGGAACCACCGCUGUGGACCCAACCCGCUGUGUCCGGACCGGAUGGAGACAGUAUGCCGCGCCGAGAUAGGGAGCCGGUCCCCGGUUCAGAGUUCCACCGACACCCCGGGGACAGCAGCGUCCACCCCGACGUCCUCCAGUGAAGACGGACACGACAAACUUUUGGGAGUGGACCCUGACUACUGUCGGAGGAUAUUAGUAAGAGACGCCAAAGGCACCAUCCGGGAGAUCGUCCUGCCGAAGGGCCUCGACCUGGACCGACCCAAGCGCACGCGGACCUCGUUCACGGCAGAGCAGCUGUACCGGCUCGAGCUCGAGUUCCAGCGGUGCCAGUACGUCGUGGGCCGCGAGCGCACCGAGCUCGCGAGGCAGCUCAAUCUCUCCGAAACACAGGUCAAGGUGUGGUUCCAAAACCGACGGACAAAACAGAAGAAGGACACCACCAAGGAUUCAGACAAACGCUCCUCCUCCUCAAACGAGUCGUUGGCCACCUGCAACAUCCUGCGCCUCCUGGAGCAGGGCCGCCUCCUAUCGGGCCCCGUCCCGCCACCUAACGCCCUCCUGGGGCCCCCACAUCCAUCAAACGGCUCCCUGCUGGGCAGCCCAGGCGGAGGCUCCUCCACCUCUCCGGGGAUCAGCAGCAGCACUCCUCCCAAUUCCCUACCAGGGGGGACUUUUGGGCUCUCGCUGCCCUCUCUGGGCGGCACCUCACCGCGGUUGGGCGUCCCACCGCCGCACUCCCUCUGCUUCUCCAUGCCGCUACUGGGGGGCACUCAUCAUGAACUGACAUCCGCCUACGGCUGCGGUUCUUCAGCUUUUGAGCCGUACAUGCGGCUGGACAGGAAGGAGGCAGAUCUGGGAGGGAAGAAGACUGUUUCUUAAGUUAUCUGUCCCUCUUUUAGGACACCAGGGUACAGGAACUUGUCUUUGUAAGAGCGGAUCUGCUCAGUCUGCAGCCUGUUUGACACUUGAGCUUCAGCAGAUAGGAACGAAAGCAACCUGGAUCAUGAGAAAUGUGUAACAGGAAGAGACCAGGUUGAGCAGAGCGCCAUUUUGUGCCACAGCACUGUUGGGCACACUGACCCAAAAUAAUGAAAAGGACGUGAUGUGAUGGAGACUCUCCCACAAAAAAAAAAAAAAAAACCUUGUGAAUUUUUGCAAAAAUAUUGUGUGUGUGUAUGUUGCGUGAACCCUGACAGACAGAUGUUGUUAUCACCGCUCUCUUUGCAGUGGUUUCAAGUGGCUCUUCACUUUUUGUCCCGUUAGUUUGUGUGUAUGUGUGUGUGUGUGUUGUUCUCUCUAUACAGGCCUUCAUUUACUGUUCAGGGAAAAAAAACUACUUGAUAUGGAUAGUUCAGAUGGAAUCACUGUCUGAAUGAGAAGAAUGGUAUUUCAAAGAAAGCAGUUUGUACACCUUUCAGUACAUAUUCCUGUACAAGUGGCCAUGUUUGAUUUUAGUUUAUGUGCUUUCACAAUAUGGAAGAAAAACUGAAAAAAAAAGAAUUGUGGCAUAUUAAUAUCAAUCUGUUUGGUGUCCAGCAGUAGUUUUUGUAAAUUCUUUAUUUGGUUGUGUUUGUGUAUAAAAUAAUGUGUGGUAGGAUCUGAACAAAUGGUGCCGAAAUCACAUAUCUAGAUCUGAAAGUUUAAUAUAAAAAAACAUGAGAAGAAAAGUUUUGUGAGAAAGCUGGUUAAACUCUGCCAAAGCAUUUAUGGAUCAAGUUUGGAUGGAUUAAGGUGUCACACUUGUGUCCUUCAAUCACUGAAGUCUAGGUCAAACAUCUUUGAACCCAGAUUCACUUUUCAAUCUUUGAUUCACAGAAAUGUCUAAAAAGACUAAAGCAGAAUUUUUGGGAUAAUUUUCAUUUACAGAACCAAACUUGUGUAGGCCGGAAAUGAAAGC